CGAGAACUAUCGAUUCUCGACAAUCGAACAGUAGAUUAUUCAUCCCACCUCUUGUUUCUUUACUAUUCUUUUGUAAAGUUACAAUGCAAUCAAGUUUAACCUAUACGAACGAUAGUUAUCGAAAUAUUCGACUCAGAUUCUGAGAUGGAUCCCUGGAAUUCUGGAAUUACUCAUUGCGUCAUUGAGUCAUUCAGAUACAAGAGAAAUGAGCAGUACGGAUAAGGAUAACGUAGAUUUUUCAAUAAGUUAUCAUGGAUCAGGAACAUCGAGAGUUGAUAGAUUCGUGUUGCAAUUACAUUAUACCUAACAUAAAUAUGGAGAAAUUAUGGCCAAAACUUCUCCAAAACAAGGUUUAUAAUAUAGAAGACGUGAAUAUCCAGCAUUGGGAGAAUGAUAUAAAGAACGAAGCUGUCAUACGAGACAUAGUUCUAACAAUAAAGACAAGAGGUCCGAAAGCAUUUACUCGUCUCCUCGCUAGUUUAAGGCAAAGUGAUCACGAAGAUUUAGCAGACUGUUUGGAAGGGAAAAGAGAACUAGUUAUGAACAGUGACAUAGAAACAACAGUAGCUAUUGACAUGCAGGAUAAGUUUUACCUCGGUAUCCAUACUGCAGAAACACCUUUGAAGAUACAAGUGCGGAAAGCUACAGAAUUUUUAGAUGGAUCAGAAUAUGAUAAAGUUCAAAAGUAUCCAAUGCGCAGUAAGCCACGUGGAUUGGUUUUAAUAUUAACAAAUAUCAAGUACAAUGAUCACAUAAGAAAAGCAGCAGACGUCGAUGAAUCAAAUGUGAAAGACCUAUUUGAACAAAUGGGCUUUCAAGUAUUUAUUGAACGCAAUUUAACAAGUGCGAUGUUAACAUCGACAAUAAAAACCUUUUCUGAAAAGAGCGAACUACGCAAGGUUGAUUCUUGUUUUGUCAUUAUCAGCAGUCAUGGUAAUAAGAAUGCUGAAUAUGAAGCUAGCGAGAUAGAAUGUGUGCCUAUGAAUAAUAGUGAUCCAAACAAGAAGGAUACUGUAUUGUGCAAAGACAUCUUGAAAUAUUUUACUGCAGAGUCUUGUCCCAACCUUGCAGGAAAACCAAAAACGUUUAUUUUUCAAUUAUGCAGAGGGAACGCAGAACAAACAUCAGUAAAACACAGUAGACAGGUAACAGAUGCAGCUCCGUCUUCGUCACAUAAUGGUGAAAUAACUAGCCUUGUAAUAAAUGAGAUGACAAUAAGAAAUCAGGGAGAUACGCUUCUUGCAUAUGCUACUCUACUAAAUAACGUUGCUUUCCGAGAUAAUGAAGUUGGUAGUUGGUUCCUACAAAUAUUGUGUGAAGUUUUUAUGAAUCAUGCUUAUGAUACGCACCUUUUGAAUUUACUACUUAUGGUUGAUGAAAGAUUAAAAGUACAAAGAACAAACAACGGAAACUGUCAGACAAUGGAGAUAUCAUUGAUAGGUUUUAAUAGAAAUUGUUAUCUUAAUCCUGGUCUAUUCGAAGAAACGUGAUACAUAUGUACAUCAUCUUUAAAAACGGCCAUUCAGAACAAUGCAUUUACAUACAGAAACUACUAUUUUAGUAUUUUUGUCUAUUAUUCAUUAUGAAUUAUUAAAGGAAUCAAAUAAAUUUAAUUCAUUGAGAAAUCCAGAUGUAUUACACACUGUAUCAUUAUUUUUUAUAAAAUGUACGAAUAUAGAAAUUUUUAUGUAGUCUGCGUACAAUCUACCUAAAUGAUGUGUAGUUUUUCAAUUUUGUAAUUAAUAGGAUUACAAUAACCGUUAGUCUAAUAAUGUACAACAAAUAAAGCGAGCAAGACAGGUUUCUGAAAGGGAA